CACCUAUCACUCCAGCACAGCAACGUGCAUGACUUACUCCAGAUUACCAUCUUUCACCCCAAGAAUCGAGGGCAAGCUGCCGCCACUUCUCCUGAAACAUGUCCCAGCCUGACCACGGAUCACCAGAUCCUCAUGUGUCAUAUCUGGUGAACCACCAGUGGGCUCAUCCGAAUCUGUUCUAUAACUAUCAGAGGCUGGAAACACCAUUGAGCUUUCGACUUUUGCAAAUUGAACGUCCUGAUGACACGAACGCUCCGUGCCACUACUCGUUGAUUCAGACAACAUUCAAUCAAGCUCCCCCUUACGAGACUCUUUCCUAUGUAUGGGGUACGACUGAUCGGAGUGAGGUGGUGACACUGAGGGACGGCAAGUUUCUACGCAUCACAAAGCUAUUGAAAGUAGCUCUAGCUUUCGUGGAAAGACAAUGUUCAACCGAAUAUCUGUGGAUCGAUCAGAUUUGUAUUGACCAAGACGACAGGAACGAGCGAGGUCAUCAAGUUAAGCUUAUGGGUCAGAUAUACACUUCGUGUUCUCGUGUUCUUGUAUGGCUUGGUCGAAUGACUAAAUUCGACGCUGAACUUUCUUUCGUAGACGAUCUUGAGCAGAGCCAAUCAUCAAAAGACAUAUUGGUCCCAAAAAUUUCAACCAUGAGGCAUCUCAUACAUCGUUUGCGCAAGGUGGCUGGAUCUGGUGGAUCCUCUACAGGAAGUUUCUGGCUUGAAAUAUUGCAGUCACCGUGGUUCCAAAGAGCAUGGGUCUUCCAGGAAGUUGUGCUACCCCCGUCAGCACUG